UAUCUGUGACGUCACAAUUCACAUGGAUUAACUUGGAAUUUGAGAAAAAUCAUCCAAGAUUCACGAACAGAUGUGAAGAUAAAUGUGACCUCGAGUAACCUCUGAUCCACGCUUCCAGAUGUUAGCGCCAUGAUUCCAUUGUUUGGAACAAAUGACCAUUGUGACAACAGCCGCGAUUACGCUAAAAUCAUUUAUUACGUCACAACAGCGAUUCUUAAGUCAGAUAUUGCAGUUUAGAGAUUUUGAGAGAGUUUGAUUUCGAAAAUUAUGUUUUGCGUUUUAACGAUUGUUGUUUUGCUGCUAUUUCCAUUCUCUCUCCGUUGUUUUUUUUUUAAAUUAAUUAAUCUUCGCUAUCGGGUUCAAAGAGAUGAAUAAUAUCUAUAUGAUUAUAUCAACAAUUUAUAUUUUUUAGAAAUAACUAUGGCAAUCUUCGGCUUUCAACUUUGCUUUACGUUAAUUAUGGCGUGUUUCCUCCAAAAGUUAAUGCCGCUGUUUUCGUUUGGACGAUGGUUGUUGUGUAACGGUACGUUAGUGAGGUACAAACAUCCACACGAUGAUGAACUUAAAAAGUUGGCCAAGAAACCCGUGGAGAAAGUUAAUGGCAAGGGAAGGCAUAGAAGAAACCAACAACCAACCGAGGAAAAAACUUUCAAAGUUCCGAGGAACAUAGAAAUCUCAUUAGAAGCGGAGAAGAUUAACCCGGUUGACGUCGUUGUUUUGCGAAGUUACCCGGAUUAUGAGUGGUUGGUGGAUUACUCAGUGUUUGUGAUGUUUGUGUAUGUGGGCACGGAGGUUUAUUAUGAACUAUGGGGUCCCGAGCGAGAGUUUAAUAUUUCUAUGAUAUGGGUGGGGUUGUCGGUGUGGUUUGCUGUGAAAAAUAUGAUUUCUAUUUUGUGGUUGUACGCAAGUUCGAAGGGUGGUGAGAUCUCUAUGUCGAUCACGUUUGGCAUGAUUUCAUUUCUAUGUGGGUUGUGUGUGCUGAUGAUUAAAGAAGAUAUUCUCGAAUUUGGAAUCACGUCAAUUAAUAUGACUCAGCACAAUUCAACAAUGGUGAAUCAGCAGUUUUCGUUGUCUGGUUUGAAAUUAUUACUUGCUGGUUUCGGAGCUUUGCAUGGCUUGUUGAUUGCCUUCCCUGCGAUCAGGAUGUCCCAGAUGUAUCUUCAUUCGCUCAAAUAUGCAAAGGGCAACAACCUGUUAAAUUUAACUCUUCAUUUUAAUUUCUUUGCCCCGUUGGUUAUAAUGUUUCUAUGGGUGAAACCUCUAGCACGUGACAUCAUGGUUGGGCCAAGUUUACUCACAAACGAACAAUUUGAAAUAUUUCGAAUCAUUUUUAUUUUAUUGGCAUGUGUCCUGAGGUUAUGUUUGACUCGUGUCCAUCUACAAGCUUACCUCAAUCUUGCGUUCGAUAAGUUGAACAAAAUAAAAAAAGAAUCUGGUUUGAUAACGAACAUCGAGCUCCAACGAACAAUCGCACACGUGUUUUAUUACCUCGGGAUCGUCGCCAUGCAAUAUUUGAGCCCUCUAGUGUUGCUCCUGUGCUCCACCUUGUGCUUAAAGAGCCUCGGAGGUUUCUCAUGGAAACAAGUUUCAACAAAUUAUGUCCAAAACAUCCCAUCAUCGAACGUUACCUCGGCCAAUGUUUCACAAGAUUCAACAUUUGUUGAAAUGGUUUCGUCGUUCAACAGUGGACUUCAUGACAUCACAGAUGUAUUCACAAUUGAAUUGUUACGAGGUGUUUGUUCAUUUAUCGCAUGGUGGGUAUCCACCAACUGGUUUAUCGCAAGCUGCCUUGGACUCCUCUACCACUCGUACCUCGUCGGCUAAGUUCGGUUCUUAACAUUUUAAAUUUAAUGUUUUAAAAAAAAUUGUCGAAAAUUUUCAUUGUUUUCAAUUUAUUUACAACAGUGAUUUUACAACUCUGUGUUUGUGAUGUAAUAAAAGAUAAAAUGACGUGAAAUAAAACCCAUGACACCUUUCUAUUGCACAAAACAAUUAAAAUACAGUUCAUUCA